GCGGAGACUCCUGUCAGACGUACACACGGGAAAGCGGAAGCUAGCGGUAGAAAUGUUUGUGUUGUGAUGAGGCACCAGAAUUAUUUGUACGUGUGUUAAAAUAUCAUGUUGUAAACUACGUACCGCGGAUUGAAUCACUUUUAAAUGCUAUUUAAAGGCUAAAUACCGACGUGUUUUCUUUCCUAUCGCGCUAUCUGACUUCUAACUGUACAGUAGGCGACAGUAACGCGAGACUAGGCCUAAUGUCGGCCAAAAUAUCCGCAAGUAAAGGCAAAGAUAGCGGCGAAGUUAUUAAAAACUACCACAAACAGGCGUUUGAAUAUAUAUCGAAGGCACUGAGGAUCGACGAAGAUGAUACAGGAGAGAAGGGGGAGGCUGUGCAGUGGUACAAGAAAGGGAUAGCGGAGCUGGAAAGGGGGAUAGCGGUGGAGAUCACGGGGCAAGCAGGAGAGCAGUAUGACCGAGCAAAGAGACUUCAGGAUAAAAUGGUCACCAAUCUCACCAUGGCACGAGACAGGCUGGCUUUGUUAGAAACAACGUUGGCAUCAAAAAGGGGAAGUGAUCCAAAGACGACCUCAAAUCACGUUCUUCCACAACCAAAACUUGUUCCUAAAAGCCAGCCUGGUGUGUCCACUAACAUCAGGCCGUCCUCUGCCGGCAGACCCCCAUCGAGACCCGCUGACCCUAAGGUGACCCCUCGUGUGGGAAAAAAUCAGAAUGGAAGACCUGCUGCUGUAAAACAGCCCCCAAAGAAGGACUUGAAAAACUUCAAGAAUGUGGACAGCAAACUGGCUCACCUGAUUCUGAAUGAAAUUGUUGACAGUGGAGCAUCUGUAUCCUUUGAAGACAUUGCAGGACAGAAUCUGGCCAAACAAGCACUCCAAGAAAUUGUCAUCCUUCCUGCGUUAAGACCAGAGCUCUUUACUGGCCUCAGAGCUCCUGCACGUGGUUUGCUUUUAUUUGGCCCGCCUGGAAAUGGAAAAACCAUGUUGGCCAAAGCAGUCGCUGCAGAGUCUAAAGCCACGUUCUUCAACAUCAGCGCUGCCAGUUUGACCUCUAAAUAUGUGGGAGAAGGCGAGAAGCUUGUACGAGCCCUGUUUGCAGUAGCCAGAGAGUUACAGCCCUCGGUCAUAUUCAUCGAUGAAGUGGACAGCCUGCUUUGUGAGAGGAGGGAGGGGGAACACGAUGCCUCUCGCCGUUUAAAAACCGAGUUCCUCAUUGAGUUUGAUGGGGUGCAGUCAGGAGGGGAUGACCGGGUGCUUGUAAUGGGAGCGACCAACAGGCCUCAGGAGCUCGAUGAAGCAGUGCUAAGGCGCUUUGCGAAAAGGGUUUAUGUGAUGUUACCAGAUGAGGAGACAAGAUUCACGCUGCUGAAGAACCUUCUGGGAAAGCACUCGAAUCCACUGAGCAAAAAUGAGCUGUCUCGUCUAGCAAAAGAGACAGCAGGAUAUUCAGGGAGUGAUCUGACAUCGUUAGCCAAAGACGCUGCACUUGGACCAAUUAGAGAGUUGGGGCCUGACCAAGUCCGUAGUAUGGCUGUUACUGAGAUGCGUAACAUCAAAAUGAAAGACUUUGAGGAUUCCCUGAAACGCAUUAAACCCACUGUUAGUCCAUCGACUCUCAAUAUGUAUUCCAAAUGGAACAAAGAUUUUGGUGAUACAACAGCUUUCUGAGCUUAACAGUUUCCUCUCUUUUACUCUACGGGAACAAGAUGUGAAUAACAUGAAUAAAACCUGGAACAAACCUUUAACAGGUUGGUAAAGCUAUGUUGUUUGAAUAUUUUGACAUUUGGAAGCAUUAUGGGAUAAUUUCCUGUUUUAUGGGAAAGGUUUUGCUAAUUAUUAUGAGUUUCUUCAUUGUGUUAUGACACCCUUAAAACACUGUCUUGCUACUUGAAAAUUCAAUAUUUAUUCUCAAGAAUGUCUUGGAAAAUUCCGAUUGAGUUUUCUCUUGUCUCAAGAGAGACGCCAGCUCCUGUAAAUGUCAUUCAGAUUAAUUUUCCCAUCCAUUAUGCACCUGAUUCAUUGACAUGUUGAUGUUCCUGAUCACCAAGUGCUCUCUGUAUGUAGGAACACGUACAAGAUCGGUAGCAGUUGGAUGUUUUUUUGUAUUUUAAGAUUUGUUUGGAGAGUUUUUCCAUUUGCACGAAUAGUUUGUAGAUACAAAUACUGAACUUGUAUUUGAAAGUAGGAGACCUAAUGAACUGUCGUGCUGCCUGACUUUUUUUUUAACAGAUGUGACAUUUAGUUAAGCAAAAAUGCAACAGUUUCCUACUUUUCUCAUUCAUCAAUAAAGACAUUCAUUGAAGUUUC